AUGGCCGAAUCGGAUGUCAAAUACUUUAAUUUGUCUGAAGACAAAAGUGUCUUGUCCGUUAAAGUUUCUGAAAAUCUGAUUAACAAAUGGUUUGAAAAUAAACGUCGUAAACUUUCACUUUUCAUCUGCCUUGAUAUUUCAGGAUCAAUGGCAGGAUCGGGUCUUACUCAGGCCAAAAAAGCUAUUCUUUAUUUGUUGGACAGUUUAUUCACCGGUGGUAUCCUUUCUGAGAAAGAUGUUACUUGUUUCUUUUAUCAAUCAUCUUGCGAAGUAGUUCGUUUUGCUGAUAGUCCGAAUUUACGUUGGAAUAAUGGCGGAAUCAAGGAAUAUUUCGAUCGCGUUCAUUCAUAUGGAGGUACAAGCUUUGUAUCCGUUUUUGAUUCUAUCAUCAAGGAAGUUAAAAUAAUUGAUAAGGAUGUAGCUAUCAUCUUCUUCACUGAUGGCCAAGAUGGAAGUGGUGCUGAUCGACUUAAAGAAAGUGAAAAAAUGUUGGAAACAGCUUUGUCGACAACUUCUUAUUCUACCGAAGUUCAUACUAUAGGAUUCACGAGAAGUCACGAUGCUGCGCUUCUUUCUUGGUUGACUAAAGCUGGAAACAAAGAAGGCAAUUUCCAGUACGUCAAUGAAAGUGAAAAGAUUGUCGAAACUAUGGAAACAACUCAAAAAUUAUUGGAAUUAAACGAUCUAACUCUUUACGUAAAAGUCGGAGACCAAGAACCAUUACCAACAACAUUUGAUGAUAAAGGAUAUGGAAAACUCUUUCUUUCUGGAACUGCAACUAAUGUUGCUGGUAAAAAAAUUGCCAUUUUAAAAGACCUGGAAAGCUCGAAAAAAUAUGAAAUUCCUACACUCCCUAGUCAAAUUCCUGCUAACGAUCCAAUGGUGACUUUAUUGAUAAUUUCCCAAAUCCAAUUUGAGAUCACACAAAUGACAAAUGAAGUUUUAAGUCAUAAGAAUAAUUAUGCCAAUAAACGUGAAAGGCUUGAUGAAAUUUUGGAACAAGCUAAUAAAUAUAAUGAACAAUUAAAUUCAAUGUUGGAAACUACUUUUAAAUCAAAAUCUUUCAAUCGUAAUUCGACUAUACAGCAAAUUAUGGAAGUUAAACCUGUUAUGCACCAAUUUAAGAAUCUCUUAUCAGAAGCAUUGAAGGGCACAUUAACUAAUGAAAAAAUCGCAAGUUUCAAUGAUUUGGCAUAUAAGAAUAUAACUAAGCAAAGACUAAGAAAUAAACUUGGAGAUCGAGCAAUUAAAAACAUCGACUUAAUGGAAGAAUCCGAAAAAAAGAUUGAAGAACUCGUAAAGUCAAUUGACUUUGAUGAAUUGGAUAGUCAAGAGUCUGAGGAUAAUAAAGCAAAAUUUACUUGCCUCAUUACCACAGAUAAUUACAUCGAAGCAAUGAAAGGAGGAGAAUGUAUUUGUCUAGCCCUUGAUGUUGCACGAUCUCAAGCAGCCAUUGCAGACCCUUCAUUAAUUAAUAUUAAAGCGAUUAAUCAAACCUUCUUAAGUUCUGGUGCGUUUUUGGAUUCUGUUCGAUUUGCCUUAAAUGAAUCUUAUGACGCUGAAGACGUUCAUGGAGGCUUUAAACCGGCUUCAUUUAUAGCUAGCAUCGUACAUGGUGUAGCAAAUGAAAAUAUUACAGGAGUCUUUCCAUUAUACAUUAAUGAGAAACAUUGGUCAAUUGCUAAAGAGAGAAUGAAGCCAAUAUUUGGGUAUCUAACUACACUCGAUAUGUUUGGUUAUUCAUACGCGCAAGUCACUACUAUAUUAGCAAAAGCUCUCAAUGAUACAUCAACAGAGUUCCGAAGAGAUCAAUUUAAAUUGAUAUUGGAAACAUGUGAUGCAAUAUACAGACAAUCAAAUAACCUCCGUAAGGAAAACGUAAAUUUAUUCGAAAAUUACAUGAAAUCACCAGCGAACCGUACCAUAGACAUUGUUGCCAAUAAUUUUGUUUAUCUUGGUCAUAUGCUAUGUGCCUUAAGAUGUGGAGAUAUUAGUCCCCAAGACGUUAAAAGAUGGUUACAAGAUGGGUUAGUUGUAUAUUUAAUCGAAGAGUUAAUCCGAAGAAGACUUAACAAAUUUGAAGUGAUUGAAAAUGAAAUGUCAAAUAUUGAGAAAGUUUUGGGCAUUAACAAAAAGAAAUACAUCGAUGAACCAAUUAAGGAGUAUGAAGCUAGUUAUGGUCAAUACAUCAAAAGCAUGAAUAAACCAAAUACGGGAGGCAAUUUACGUUACUCUAACGCAAUUCGCCAAGCACUAAGGGAUACUGAUAAUAUCGUCCAUGUUGAAUCUACAAAAGAAACAACAGAAACUAAACUGAACAUUGACCCUCCUACUGCUAAUAUUCAACUUUAUGAUAGUAAUACUUAUCAAAUACCAGAUCUAAGCUUUAUUACAAUAAUAAAACAAUCAGUAAAUAGCUCGAUUGAAACUGUUCUACGACUUAGCAAGGUUUUUGAAUCCUUGAUUGCAGAUUCCACUCACACUAUCGAAUCCAUCUUGGAAAUACCAGAAUUUCAAUUUACUAAUAAUCAAACAGAUCUUGUAAAUACAUUCUUUGAAAGAUAUACACCAAAAGUCCAAUUAGCAACAUUCUUACAGUCUUUCUUACAUCGUCAAAACUCAGUACGUCGUGAAGCCGUUGAAUCAGAACCAAUAAAAUAUCAUGAACCAUUUUCUGAAUCAACGGCAGACAUAAUAAUAUCAAAUAACUUUAAUGAAUACGUAACCGAGACGUUAAAACAAAAAACCGCAGCAAUAAUUAAAUCCUAUUCAGAUUUAUUAAGUGAUGAAAUUGGAAUGGCAUUUUGGCAAUGUAAGUGUGUUGAGGAUGCUGCAGGAAUAAUAUUGUUGGAUGUUGAAUUCAGAGGACAUUUUAAUUUUGCACGAAUUAUUAAAGCCUUACAAAGACCUGAUUUAUCUUUGGCGAGAGAAAAAAUUGAAAUGGUCGUUUAUGGAACUUACAAAGGAGUUAAAUUAUUCAAAGAUGUACCUAAGAACCCUGAAGAUCCAGAAAAUGUUGCCAGGUUCAAUGAAUCUAUCGUUUGGUCUCCAUCAAGAAAAAAUGUUUUUCGUAUGUUGGAGGCCCAGAAAAAAGCCAUUCCAGAAAAAGAAUACUGGUUAAGAGUUAUGCCUGCCAAAUAUAAGGAAUAUAUCGAAAGUUACUUUGAACGGUCUGACCGAAAUUUUUUAGAUUAA